UAAAUGCUACAUUGCUUACCUUGGAGCAAAAUAAUCUCUAACACUUUUUUGCCCCUUCCCUGUAUCAAGUUGACUUUGUUUUCGUGUUUUUAACAAACAGGUAAGAUUGUCUCGAAUAUCCAUGUUAGCAGAAACUUAUUAUACAUUAGAUAGCUAGUUGAGGUAAUUAUUUUGCUUUCAUAACGACUACUAUUUAAAUUAAAUCAAAUUAAACCAAAAACCCAAACAAACAACGAGUACUAUAGAUUAAAAGAGAUGAUUUCAGACAGAAUGCCACAGAUUGGGUCCAAUCCAUGCUCAGAGGGUCCACAAGGCCAAGGGGAUGUCAAAGUGAAACAUUACUUCGUUUUAUGUGUUAAUGGGACCGAUUCUGGUAUGCUUCUCCAAAUUUGAAAUUAAAAUUGACAAUCCUUGUCAGGCUCUAUACAAAAUGAAGAAGAAAAACUUAAAUAAAAUUUGACAACAAAUUUUAUUUAAGUUAGAAAAACAUGCCAGAAUCGGCCCAGUGUAAUUUCUAUAAAGGGAGUCAAAACAUACUAAGUCUAUACAUCCUUAUUUUUUUUUGUACAAGUCCUAGCUUUCAUUUGUUUUAUUUCCGAAAUGAUAACCGCUUUUUAUUGAAAAAUACAUAGAAAAUGCAUAGAUAAGUAUACAUUUUUCAGGUUUAAUGAAUACUAAGGAUCAUAGACAAGACAAUAUGACUAUAGAAUUCUUUGUAAAACGACACAAAAUGGAAUUUCAAUGUCAAAAAGGUCAUUCUUAAACAGUGUGUUUUCUACAACAGAAUUUUAGUGACAUCAGAUAUUCCUCACUACUGAUUCGUUGCUCUGGUUGAUAUUAGGUUCUAGUUUUUGAAGAACCUAUCACAAUCGUCUAUCGGUUAGUAAUUCGUAAGGAAGUGGUAAUUUAAAAUUAACUCUUUUGCUGAAUGUGAUUUUGUCGAUUUCGCUGACUGAUUCUUUCUUGGAAUUUUAGCAGCUCAGUGAUAGAAGUAAUUCACUCAGUUAACAUUGUUUAAUUAAUUAACAGUAACAGUCCUUAUUUGAAAGGCGAAAGUGAAGCACCAAUCCAGUCUGUGAAGUAUAAACCAAGAUGGGCCGCAAAUUUGUUGUUGGUGGCAACUGGAAGAUGAACGGGGAUAAGAACCAAAUAAAUGAGAUUGUUAACAACUUGAAGAAAGGCCCAUUGGAUCCAAACGUAGAGGUUGUAAUUGGAGUACCAGCUAUUUACUUGGCCUAUGUCAAAAGCAUUGUGCCAGACACCAUCGGCGUAGCUGCCCAAAAUUGCUGGAAAGUUCCUAAGGGUGCUUUCACAGGAGAGAUAUCACCUGCCAUGAUUAAAGAUGUAGGAGCUGAUUGGGUGAUUUUAGGACACUCUGAAAGAAGAACUAUCUUCGGAGAAAAGGAUGAUCUUGUUGCACAAAAAGUUGCUCAUGCAAUAGAGUCGGGCUUGAAGGUGAUUGCUUGUAUCGGCGAGACACUGGACGAAAGAGAGGCUGGGAAGACUGAGGAAGUUGUCUUCAGACAAACCAAGGCUCUUCUGCCUGCUAUCGGCAGCAACUGGGACAAGGUUGUGCUUGCCUAUGAAUGUGUAUGGGCUAUAGGCACUGGAAAAUCGGCUACUCCUCAACAAGUCCAGGAUGUGCAUGCUUCUUUGCGUAACUGGCUGUCCACGAACGUAUCCGCUGACGUAGCAGCUAAAGUCCGCAUUCAAUAUGGUGGUUCCGUGACAGGAGCUACGGCUAAGGAGCUCGCUGCCUGCCCAGACACAGACGGAUUCAUAGUCGGAGCAGCCAGUCUGAAGCCAGAAUUCGUUGAUAUUGUCAACGCUACUCAGUAAAAGCUAAACUUUACCCCUUUAGCCGUAACGUACAUGUGUCUUUUACUUUUGUUUAUGAAUAAGUUUUUUGGGCAAUUUACUCAAACUCUAUGUGCGUAGAUUAAGUAUAAUUUUUAAGCUAUAACUAGUACAGUCAUUUGGUGAGAAAUAUUUUUUACGAUUGCAACCUCGUAUUUAUACGAGGUGGCAAAGUCGAAAUUCGGAAAGAGCACCUCAAAAUCUAUAAAAUUACCAAUUUUUAAAACUCCCGCAAAACUUUCCAGCUAAAUCUACCAAAUGACUGUAUUAAAUUGCGUACCGAGUAACGGCGGGUUACUUUGAACUAAAAUGUGCACUUUUUUUUCAAAUAAAAUUGUAGCUUCUCUUUGUGAUGAAUAUGUCACGUUUAUAUCUCUCCAUUGUGAACUUUAAAGUAUAAGUUACAAAGUUAUAGUUAAGUUAAGAAAAUAGGAAAAAAUAAUAUUUAAGUGUUCAUAAAUAUUUUUCUUUAUUUUGGGCCAAAGUUGGCCUUAAAGAGGGUUACUUUAGCUCGUUGAUUUUUCUCUGUCAAAAAAACUCAUUUUAAGCCAUGUUGGGGUUAAGUAACCCUUAUAACAGAUCACCAUUAGCAUACCGUAUACAAGAAUGGAUGUUUUUACCCAAAAAUAAUUAAGUUAAAGACAACAUUGUAAACUUACCGAAAACCACAGUUUUGAGAAAGUUUGCGCAUCAACUUGCGAACUAUUUCAGUUACAAAAAAUCCCGCGUUACAAUGACAAUUUGAUACAGGAACGAUGUCGGUAAAACAACACCACACUACGCGCCUAUAUGGCUAUCUGUGAUUUUCAACUGGAAUUAUUACGGUCACCCAAAAGAUACUGAUGGGGCGGCAAGUUCAAUAUUUUUUCUGAUUUGGGACAAAGUUACCCGCCCGAGCUAAAGUAACCCUCACUUACGGUAUUUAAAAUUUUAUUUCUAAAUGUCGUGUGAAAUGCUGGCGUUAUUUGAGAUUGUUAUUUCUGAUGAUUUUAUAUAUUUUAUAGAACUUUUAUGUAAAUCUAAGACAUGGUUGUUGUAAGCGAAUGUUACAGAUUCGUCUAUCUUUAAAAAAAAUAAUGCAUGCUUUGUUAUAAUUCAGGUAAAUGUAGUGUAGCUGGUAGAGGUAGAUGCCGUAAAGAUUUAAAAUAAUGUGGUUUUCGUACUGCAUUUCUGAUUAAUUGUCUUCUAAUAUAUUAC